UGAAAAAGAUAUUGGAUAUUGGAUGUCGGGUCGUUAUUCUGAUGAGAGUUCACCAAGUGAUAACUGGUUCAUGUAACGGUGAUUAUUCGCAUAUUGCUCAAGCAAAGAUUCGAGGAUCUAACUAUGUUGCGUAUGCCAGUGGCUGCGACCUAGUUAUUUUGGAUGAAUCGUUUUGUCGCAGUCAGGUGAUUUCAGGAUGUGAGUUUGGAAAUUCUGUCAUAACAGCUGUGGCUUUUAAUCACCAGUAUGGAAAGAUUGCUGUUGCUAACUCUGAUGGGAUAUUUAUUUUCAUACCACAAGCAACAACAGAAUGUUUACUCGCAAACUCGUCGAAACUAUUUUGGUUGUUCUCUAGUCAUCUGUCAUUACCAUCGAGGGCGGACGUUUCAUGUCUUUCUUGGUCUCAUAGACCAUGUUUUCAAUUCCCAGAUAUUGGCUUAUUAGCAGGCCUUAAUGAUGGGAGCUUAUUUAUGUGGAGAUCAGGCGUUACAAGCAAUACUACUGAAUCAACCCUCCAUUUUCAUGUUGGAGCUAGCUCAACCGGUUCAGAACAUGGUCUCGACUCUGACUCUGUCCUUAAGGAAUCUCUGUCAGCAGGAGUAUCGACUAAAUGGAAAAUUGUAUGGUGUCAUCGACUAAACGGUACUCCUUUGCAAAUUGAUUUCAGUCCAGAUGGUUCAUAUUUUGCCACCAUCACUAAACACCAUGAUAAAAGAAGUCAAUAUAGUGAUCGAAAGUCUGAUACCGAAAUGCUUGUAUGGUUCCGUGAUCCUUACUCUGAUUUAAUUCAAUCGAAAAACAGUUAUAAUGAACAGUUUCGAAUGACUGAAAAUUGGGAAUCUAUCUGCUUACCUCAUCCUUGUAAUGUUUGUUCGUUUAGUUGGCGCCAUACUAGCAGAUAUCUUCCGAGUGGUUGGAUGACAAAUGUAUUACUAACUGCCAGUGAAGAUAAUUUGUGUCGUAUAUGGAUUGAAGUUUCUCGCCCUUCAACGAACCAUUUUUCAAACACUUACAAAAGUACUUCUUUACUAUCCAAACCAAUUUCUAAGGACGACUCAGAAAUUCCAAUAUCAUCUGGUAGCAUCAAACUACGUUUACCUUUAAGUCAUUUAACCGAUGAACAAUUUAAAAUGAAAGUUUCGAAUGAUUCAACCAAUCCAUCGCAUGAAUCAUCAACACAUUAUUUGAAUUUAGAACUACCUAAUUGUUUUUUAACACAUCCACUUUUAAAACAUUUUCUAGAUUUAUGGUUAACUGAUCCUUUGUCAAAAAUUGAAGUGGAUUAUGGCUCACAAGUACCAUUGUCUACAAUGAAGAUAAAUAAUAAACACUUUAACUAUACCCCGAAUACACUUCCACAAUUCACAUUUACCACAUCUUUACCAUUGGAUUGUUUUCCGGAAAUAUGCAGUCUCUCUUCACCAAAUAACAAUACGCAUGUCGGUCGAUUUGUUGCCCACUGGUUUAAUAAUAAAGAAUAUCGUUUGAAUACACAAUUGGAAUCGUUUUUAAAAGAUACAAUAUCGCGAAUUUUAGCUAUACCAGUUCAUAUUGCACUGGACAAUACAUCCAAUAGCAAUAAUCAUAGUUUCAUGACUCCAGAUUUGUUGGAUCAAAUAGCUUUGAUGGAUCAGACUAUUUUACGACUAUUAAGUGAAUUACAUCAUGCACCGGAUGUUGUAUUUGCAAUACAUCCUCUAGAUGGAAGUUUAAUUGUUUGGUAUAUACACGGUUUGGAUUUGUCUGUUCCUAAUCCAAAAGGUAUACGAACUCAUAAAGUAAUCAUUCCACAUGAAUCAUUCUCCUCCUCAUCAUCAUCCGGUCGUGAUAGUAAAUUUGGUUAUGAAUCAUCAUUCACACUUAUACCAAAUAUGAAUAAUCGUUUAACACAAGUUACAUGUAGUAUAAGAUCACGUUUACAUCAAGUGAUACCAUUGGAUGCAGCUAAUUCUCUAUUACCGAAAUUAUUCACUUAUUUAACAACGGAUUGUUCCAAAAAUCCAAUUGAUUAUUUUCAUACUGAAAAUACCACUAAUCAACAACAACCAAUUCUAUCCGAUACUACUGAAAAUACUGAAAAACAUUUAAUGACAAUUAAUUAUCAAGAUAAUUUGAAUAUAUUUUGUCAUUUAUUCUUAUUGAAAUAUUCAAUUAAACAGUAUUUAUUACAAUGGUCAGAAAUGUCCAAGAAAUAUAUGCAUAAUAAUAAUAGUAAUCAUAAUAAUAAUUUAAAACAAUUCAAACAGACCAUAUUGAAACCAAUUUUGUCUACUUUGGCUCAGAUUCAUUUGAAUUCAGCAUCUCUUCAAACACGAACUCAGAACUCUUCACAUGUGGCUAUGAUCACUAUGCAUACUAAUGGUUCAUUACGUUAUUGGCGUAUUGAUGUAUCAGAGAGCAGUCAUUAUCAAUGGAUUGUCGGUGUAUCGAAUUGUGCACGUUUAAGUGGACAUCGAUUUCAUACAAACAAUAUUGUACCACAUCCAAUACUACCUUUAGCUUUAAGCACAUCACAUUAUGAACAGAAGUUGGAAAAAUUGCCAAUUAAUGCAGACAAUGGGAAAAUGAUCAACUAUAGUGAAAUAAUUUUAUGGUAUGUUUCAUCAGUCGGUCCACUUACCACCGGUUAUACAUCAUCAUUAUUGUCAAAUUAUCAAUUUCGUUGUCCACAACAUACUAUCAAUACUAUGAAUAAUAAUCAUAAUAAUAAUACAGAAUUAUAUAACAAUCAUUUCACAACGACCGAUAUGAAUGGAUCCGGUAAUAUAUCAUCACAUGGUGGAAUAUCAGAAGUGGCUCGAUUAAUUGUUUCCAAUGUCUCAUCGAAUACAUCUUUAACAUUUAAAUAUAUUGCAUGGUUUCCAUGUCAAGUGACAACAACAGCGACAUCAUAUCCAGUUGCAUUAUUUGUUGCCUCUUUAGAUGGUAAUCACAGCAAUAGUCUGAAUGAACAAGGCAAUGAUCAACUUGGAUUGUUUUUAACAUUUUCUAAAUUUAAACAAAUUAAUAAUAAAUCAAUGCUGGAUGAGAAAAUCAAACAAGAUGAUCAUCACAACCAACAGAAUCAUUUACUGCAUAGUCCGAUGAAUUCUGAUACAUUAGGUUGUAUUAUUCAAUUAAAUUAUAAAUUACCUAAUUCUAGUCAAAUUGAAAACUAUGAAAAUUUCAAUGCUGAAACACUUAUAUUACAUGUAUUUCCCAGUGAAUUAAUUAUGUCCAAAUCAGAAAGUUGUAAACCAACAACUACAAUUUCAAAGAAUACAACAACUGAUGAAAUGCAAAAUUUCACUAAAUCCAACAUGAAUUCUAUAUCAACAUUUUUAAUUGUUCGUAUGACGCGUUAUAAUUUACGUGAUGAAACAGUCAACUCUUCACGUUGUAAUAAGAUGGAUUUUUGUCGUAUGGAAAUGUGGCGUGUUUGUGCCUCCACUACUACUACUUCUACUAAUACUACUAAUAUAUUGACUGAUGGAAAUACUUCCACUAAGAAUAAAUUGGAAUCAAUCAAUGAUAAUCUUACUACUAUAUUUAAUAAUUUAAUAACAGAUGCAAUUAAAGUAUGUGAUUGUAAAUUAAGUUUACCAUCAGGUGUAUCGAUUGUUUGUGCUCAAGUGUCAGCAGCACAUGUAAGUUGGGCUGCUUUAUCGACAUUCAAUGCACCACCGCCUUAUUUCAUUGUUACUGCUUGUUCAGAUGGUUGUUUAAGAUUUUGGCGAUGUGAAUCUGAUUCAAACAGUAACGGAAUUCAUGAUCAAUUUACAUGGGAAGAAUGGCAAAUGCCAUUAAUGCAAUCUAUGUCAAGUUGUAUUGAAAUACAGUUAUGUGCGAAUAAUGAUAACGAUAAAGAGAAUCGUGUCAAUGAUAAUGGAUCACAAAUGAAUAAACCUAUUAUUUUAGAUAUGGAUUGUGCAUAUAGUGGGCGAUUAGCUGUGGCAUAUACUUCAUCACAACAAUUAUGUGAUAACAAUAAUACUAAUAAUAAUAAUAAUGUGUUAAAUAAACAUAGUCAAUCGAAUUUAGAUUGGAAUGAAAGUAAGAAGAAUGAUUUAACAAUCUAUGUUACUGUUUAUGAAUGUGAAUCUAGCGGUGGAUGCGAGUGGAUUUUAGAAGAUACAAUUGAAUUAACACCGGAAUCUUGUCUUUUUCAACAUAAGAUCGAAAAAUUAUCAUCCAUUCAAUUGGAUUGGGUUAAUACAGAAGAUGGUGGACAUUUAUUAUCAAUCAUUAUUGAUUCGGAAGUAUUUGUUUUUGCACCAGUUUGUCAAAAUCUUUCAUUAAGUCAUAAUAAACUAAGAAGUGGACAUGCAUGUCAACCAACAUUAAUGACUACAAUUGGUGAAAUGUAUGUUGGUUGGAAACCGAUCGCUUGUACUCAUAUAAUCACUGCCGACUCUAUCGCUUCAUCAUCAUCUAUUAGAUCAAUGAAAAAGAAGGAAUCCACAUCACCUCAACAAAAACAACAACACAACUAUCAACAGUUUGAUUGGUGUUAUUCUUCAAAUAAUAAUAUUAUGCAUAGUAAUAGUCAUCGUGGUUAUAUUAAACAAGCUGCAUGGCUUCGUGAUGGUUUAUUAUUAGUCAGUGCAAAAACUGAAAUGCAAUUGUUUAGUCAAUGGCCAUCGGAUAAUCUUUACAAUUUAUUUAAAUGGCAUGUAAAACCUAAAAUAACUAAUAUCAAACCAUCGAUUGGUGCAAACGAAUCAUUUGAUGCUACUGCUGAUUCUACAGUAUCUGGAAGUUCUAGUAUGUCAGUAAAACGUUUAACUAAAGCUUAUUCACCAUAUGCAUUAAAGUCGUCUCCUUCACGAUCACUGUUACAUGCAGUUGCAAGUCAUAGUAGUUUAACUAAUUUAAAUACUAUUGCUACUACUACUACUAAUAAUAAUACUACUACUGUUGCUGCUGCUAAUUCUGAUACUAUCAGUGGCAUACCUAAAAUGACUAGACAAAUCAGUCAAAUUGAUUUAAAUCGUGCUAGUGGUAGUGGAUUAGAUGUGAAAUCAAAUGAACAAUUAUUGAAAGAUAUAGAACUAUUAUCAAAUCUUGGAUUAUUUGAAGCUGUUCAGAUUGUAAACCCAAUCCUUCCUCAAUUCCAUCCUCGUCAACUCUUAGAAUGGAUGAAUUUAGGUCAUUUACGCCGCAUCAAAGCGAUAUUGGCUCAUUUAACUAGAUGCUUGUCCGCCCUUGGAAAUUCAUCCCAACAGUCACACACUCAUUACGACAGCCAUCGUAGAAUGACGAAAGGUAAUUUAAAUUCAGAGCUGACCAAUCUCGUUAUCGAUUCAUUCGACACUACACUGACAUCAUCAACAAGAACAAAUAAUACAAAACCUAAACCAGUGUCUUCGAUGUCCUAUACACCUCACUCUCCAAAUAAUCUUUUAGAAGCUCAUGCAAUACCUCCAUUACCAUUGUAUGUUCUGUUGGCUGUUGAUUCGUUGCAAGUGACCGACGUAAAUGCUGAUGUGAAAUCGGACAAACAUUUUGAUGCCAUAAAUGAAUGGAGUGAUGAAUAUGGAUCAGCUGAUGAAUCAAACAUCUUCAAAAUACAAGAUGAUGAUUUAAAUCUUAAUUUAAAUGAUGAUAAUGAUGAUGAACAUGAUACAACAGGUAAAAAUAGUACCACAUCAAAAACUAUUCAUCAUUCAAAUCUACCAUUCAAUGUCUCAUCGACACAUAAAACACCACCACAUUUAUAUGGAUUUAGUGUAUGGUCAUUAAAACCUGCAGCAUUAGCUCGUAGUGUACAAUUUACAGAAGAUGAUGCUCGUCUUCUUGCUGAUCAUUUAUCAACUCAACAAUUACCUGGUCUAUCCUCAUUAGAUCAAAUGUAUUUAUUGGGUAUAGCUGAUUUAAUGGCAAAAACACGUUCUGACAUAACGGAUUGUUUGUCAAAAGUGAAUUCAUCAGCUAAAGAAGAAAAACUUGAUCGAUUACCACGACGAUUAUCCGUGAAACAGGAUUCUAAUGAAGGUUUGGAUGAAUGUGGCCUUCGUUUCCUGUUAACAGUUCAAUUAUAUUCUUAUUUAAGUAGAACAUUACCACCUGCACGUCGAUCACAACUUCUUUCUUCUGGUCUAAGUAAUUCCAGUUUAGUAUGGGCUUAUCAUUCUGAUUCAGAAGAAGAACUUCUAUCACAAUUGCCUAUCGCUUCGAAUCAACUAGGUAGUGGUGGUGGUGGUAGUGAAGUUGGCGGUGCUGAUUCAUCAGAAUUAAAUUGGGCCGAUUUCAAACGAUAUGGUUGUGGUUGGUGGAUACGAAGUGAAAGUCUUCUUAUUCGUUGCGCUGAAAAAAUGGCUCGUACAGCAUUUCAAAUUACUAAAGAUCCAAUGGAAGCGGCUGUUUUUUAUUUGGCUAUGCAUAAAGCUAAAAUGAUGGCUGCAUUAUUCAAAACCACUGGGAAUAAAACAUUGGAGAAUUUCUUCCGAUCCGAUUUUACACCAGGUCAACCAGCAUGUCGUCAAGCUAAAUUAAAUGCAUUCCGUUUACUUAGUCAACAUAAAUAUCUUCAAGCUGCUGGAUUAUUCUUAUUGGCUGGAUGUUUAGAUGAUGCAGUACGUGUUUGUUUGGAUACUUUGAAAGAUUUACAAUUGGGUAUUGUUCUAGUCAGGCUGUACACAUCAUCAGCUCAAGGUAUGCCAGGUCAACCAACAACAACAUCCUCUGCAUAUCAUGAUUUUCUAAGGCAACAUUUGAUUAAACAUCAAGAUCCAUUUUUGCGAAGUAUGGCAUUUUGGACAUUGGGUGAUCCAUUAGCUGCUUUGCAAACAUUGCUAGAAGGACCUGGAAUAUCAAAUAAUUCUGAUCGGAAAGAUAGUUUAACCGAUUCCAUUGUUCAAAGUCCACAACAUCCACAAUAUCUUAAUAAUAGUCAAUGCUCUGCAAUUGGUAAUGACACUUCAAAACCAUCAUCAUCAUCAUCAUCAUCAUCUGUAUGUCCAAGUGUUUUUAAAUUCUACACCUAUUUACAAUCACAUCCAUUAGUGCUACGUCAUCAACGUUUACAAACUCCAAAUCUAUUAAAUUCUAACAUAUUAUAUCGUGUAAAAUGUUUAGAAAGACGUUUAUACUUUCGUACUGCUCAUCAUUAUUUUAUAUUAGGUUGUCCAACAUUAGCAUUAGAUGUAUUGACUAAAUUACCACCAUUGGAAUUUUUCAAUGCAUCGUCUACAUUCAAUUUGCAUCGGAUGUCAAUUAAUAAUAAUGAAUCGAUGAAAAAUACACCAAAGCAUCAAUUGAAACCAACUUCCGAUAUUAUCGGUCAAUCAAUUAACAAACAAAAUGAUAACUUAAAUAUAGAUAAUGAUGCUGAUCUAUUCACAUUAAUCAUAAAUGAUGAUCCUUUACAAAAAUAUAAUUCAACUAAAUUACAAGAUCAAUUUACAAUUGAAUGGAGUGAUGAUGAUAAUGAUGAUACUGGUGAUCAACCAAUAAAAGAAGAUACUACUGAUCAUGUAAGAAGUAGUACUGUUCAUACAAAUGAAAAACAACGUCAGUCAUCAUCAUCAUCAGCACAACAACGACAUUCACUUUGUUCAGUGGAUAGUGUUAAUAUUGAAAAUCAAGGUGUAGUGGAUUUAAUGGCAAAUCAAUUGAAAUUUAUUGCUUGUUUAAAAAUUUUAGUAGAAGAAUUAAGUACAUUGGCUGCUGGUGCUGAAUCUGAAGGUGUUUCACUUCGUCAACAUGUUUGGCAAUGGCUUGAAAAUGAAUUAGCUAUUGUCAAUAAAUUAACUGGUUUGACAAAAUCUAAUACAACAACAACAACAAUACCAACUACAAUUACUACAAGUCAUUUGAAUAAUAAUAACAAUAAUACUACUCUUCCUUCUUCUUUCAAUCUGCCUGUUGAUACUGAUGAAACUGUGAAUGAAUCUAGUUUCGAUUAUUUCGAAUUGUCUGGUCCAUUAACUACAACUUCAUAUUUAUUGACUACAAAAAAUGUUGGUUCUGUUGUAGCUGGUAUUUUUAUGAAUUUAUCAAAUGUUUCACCAGAAAUUCGUGAUGCAGAAUUAAAACGAUUAAGAACACGUUAUGAUUGGAUAAAAGCUCAUGAAACAUUUUUAAUAUCAUUAAUUAAUUUCUGUGAUCUAUAUGGCUCCAGUGGUAUACGAUUACCGGCAGUUCGUAUUGAAUUAUCUUUACUACUUGGUGAAUUAUAUGCAACAUCCUAUCUAUUUACAAAUCAAUCAACAACAUCAUUCAAAAAUCAAUCUGAUAGUAAUCUUUCAGUUACAACACGUUUAACUACUAGUACUAACAUCAGUAGUAGUACUAGUAGUAGUAGCAGCAGUAGUUUCCCUUAUCUUGACUCUUCAUGUUGGCCAAUAUCAGCAAUGGCUUUAAUUGAUGGUAUACCUUUAUUGCGUACAUUGAUGCGUCUACCUCCUGGUGCAUUACUUCUACCGGAUUCAGUAAAACGUAUUAAGUGUAUGGUUCAUGAUUUAAUCACUUGUUUAGAAUUAUUACCACCGCCAUUUUUAGUUAGUAUUCUGUUACCUUUUCCUUAUCAUCAACAAUGCAAUUGUACCACAGCAACAACAACAACAAGAUCAUAUGACAAUACGAAAAAAUCAUUACAUUGUGCGGAUUGUAUUUUAGCACCAACAGGAGAUCGUCAUCGAAGAGUAUUUCUAUUGCGUAAUCUAUGCGCUGCUCUAUCUGCAUGUAUACAUCAAUGUUUAACUGUUGGUGGUUGGCUUGGUCUUGGUUAUGUACUCGAUGAUAAUGCUAUACAAUCAUCUUCAUUAACAAAAAAUGUAUUUGCUCUACCUGCCACAAGUACUAUUAACAUUCGUUCAGUCGACCGUUUGUGUGUAUCUGGUCAAACAUUUCGACCAAAUACAGAACCGUCUAAAUGGCCAGGUUUAACGUGCUUAAGAAGUUUUACGGAUCCUCAAUUACAGAGUAGUAACGUUAGUACUGGUCAAAUUAUUCGUAUCACAUCCACACAAAAUCUAUUAGAUCGUGACUUAUCGUCAUCAUCAUCAGUAACACGUAUUCAAUCUGUAGAUCGUCGUCGAAUUAUUGGUUUAUUGGCUCAAGCUUUAGCUGCAUCGUAUUUCGGUCUAUUGGUUUAUGCAUUGCAUACCCGUGAUACAUCCACAUUAUAUCGAUUAGCUUGUGCUCGAUUAGAUGGGAAAACAUGGAGUCGUGUAUUCGGUGGAACAUAUCGGGCUAAACCUUUUCGGCCACCAACACAACCUGGUACUAAUACUUCAACUAAUGAUAUAUCAUCUAAUUUAACUUCAGAGAAGAAAUCAGUUCCACCAAAGCCGCCAAGUCGACCUAAAAGACCGAUAACUUCCACUGCUAAAAAAGACAGAUCAAUAUCAAGAAGUCCAGAGAAAACUGUUACACGAGCUAGAGAUCAUGCAGUUGCAGCUAUCGAAGUUGCAUCGAAAAUUGGUAGUCCACCUAAAACUUCAAAGUUGACCAGUCAACGCAUACUCAUUAUUUUUUUUGAUCAAAUGUUAUUAUUUGACAAUGUUUUUUUGAUUAAUUACAAUGCAAUUGCAAUUGCUACACCGAAAGAAAUUAUCGAGUUAGAUAUUGAAAAUCUUGUAAAUUUACCAUCAUGGUUUAAUGAUGAAGUUGAAUACGAUUUAGAAUUAAUGCGCCGACCUCAAAAACAUCGAUAUCCUGAAGGUGGAACUGACGAUUUUAUUGUAUGUGAUACAAAUUCAACAAAAGUUGGUAAUACUGAUCAUUCAUUGGAUCCUACGACACCGACUAUCACAUCGUCAACAGUCACAUCUAUGUCUACAAGUGAUAAUAAUCCUAGUGGUGCACAUGUGUUUCGUAGUAUAAAUCUACAUCCCCUACAUGGGCAUUUGGUCAAUCUAUCUAAACAUGCAUUGGAACGUAGCAGACGUUUAACUAGCACGAUAUUGAAACGAACUCUGCCUGCUGUGUAUAGUUUAACUUCACAUCCAACAUUGCCAUAUUAUCUAUGUGGAACAGGUACCGGUUCAGUGCAUAUGUUCGAAUGGUCAACUCCAGUACCAGUUGUAGCUGGAUUUACUAAUACUUACAUGUUAACAGAUGCUGGUGUGUCAGGUCAAUUUCCAGCUGGUUCUAGAGGUGCACGAGUUACAGCAUUACAGUUUGAUGAUAGUGGAUAUCGUUUUGGUUGUGGUGAUUCUGAAGGAAAUUUCGGUUUAUGGAAUUUAUAUUCAACUAUGCCAGGCAAAUUACCAUAUUUUCGUUGUCGUUGUCAUGCAAAAGGAUUGGCAAAUUUUUGUUUUCUUGGAUGUAGUAGUUUAAUCGCUACAGUUGGCAAUGGUGGAAUGACAACUACAACAACAACAUCACACAUUGUCAGUGGAGGAGGAGGAGGAGGAGUAGAUGUCGGUGGCGCAGGUAUGAGUGGUGGUGCUGCUGGUGUUAAUUAUGGUAGCGGGCCAACACACUACACUUCUGCCAAUAUCAUAGGUGGUAGUAGUAGUAGCAGCGGUGGGGGUGGUGGUGGUGGAGGUUUCAGUUAUUCCAGUGGAAAUAUUAGCACAGAUCACGAUGCAUCACAUUUAACAUUAUGGGAUACCUUAUUACCACCGAAUCGAUGUGGUGUUAUUCGUGUUCUUGACCCAGAAUUGGACGCUCCAUGUACAUCAAUCGCUUAUUGUGGAUCAUUGAAAAAUAUCAACAGUUGGCCAUCCAAUACAAAUAUUUAUUCUAAUAACAAUAUUAUCAAUUCAUUAACUACUGGAACAAAAUCAAAAUGGAUUUUGACUAGUAAUGAUAGAACUGUCAUUGUCGGUACCAAAAAUGGUGAUAUAUGUACGGUGGAUAUGAGAAAUCCAAAAGUGCUGCAUAAAUUUUCCGCUCAUGACACAUCGAUAAGAACAUUGUGUAUUGAUUUGGCAACUGAUUGUUUGGUUACUGGUGGAGCAGAUGGAAUAGUUAAAAUAUGGAGAUUAUCAGAACAAGAAUUGUUAACUAGUUUUUGUUGUGAUGUACAUCCAAGUCGUGGUGCAGCAGCUGUUGCAGCCGCUGCUCUGUUCAGAGGCAAUCAGUCAGCAGCUAUCAUUGCCGCUACUAAUCCAGGCAUAUCAGAUAUUCGUCUGUUGCCGGCGGUCACUGGAGCAGCAUUACUUCAUUUCAAUAACAACAAUAAUUCUAUUAAAAAUGAUCCUUCCACGAAUCUAAGUAACUGCAUGCCUACUACACAUUCUUCUCAUGAUCAGAAAUGUUCAUUGACUGCUGCAUCAACAGCUUGUCGAUUUUUAAGUUGUGGCGCUGAUGGUGGACUACGUAUGCGUUCAUUGGUUGUUCGACCAAAACCAUUUAUAGUUUGUUAAUGCAAAAAAGGAUCAGAUAGAAAAAUUUAAAUAAAAAAACAAAAACAAAGCAUAAUAUUUAUCUUACUUAUCUUUAUCUAUUAAAAGCAUUCCAUACUUACUUACUUACUUACUUAUUAUUAUCUUUAUUUACGAUCAUAUGAUUCUGAUACAUUUUACUUUUCAUAUGUAUGUGCGUAUGUGAAAUUGUAAUCUUUCAGGUUGAAUUCAAUAAAAAUGAGCUAUUUAUGUGUGCUGAAUGUCCAUCAUCUUAGUUAUUUUCAAAUAAAAAC